UAUAUGUUUUGUUAUUAUUAUAUUUUGUAAAAUGCUGAAUAAACUCCUAGUAACAAAGAAAAGGAGAGUCCAGAAAAGAGAAAGCGAGAGAGAGAGAAAGAAAACGAUACCUAAGCUCAAUUAUCUUCUCUGCAACAAACUCCCAAAGGAUCCGAUAGGUGAUAUUUAUAAACAUAUCAUGAAGAAGAAGAUUGAAGUAUUGAUAUGGGAAUAGCUAAAACUUCAUCUACUACUUCUACAAUUCUUUUGAAGACUCAUCACAAUAAUUCUAUGUCCCAAGAUUAUCAUCAUCAUCAACAACACCAAGGAGGAAUCUUCAGCUUCUCUAAUGGAUUCGACCGAUCAGAUUCUCCUAAUUUAAUAGCUCAGCAGAAGCAAGAACAUCAAAGGGUAGAAGAGAUGGACGAGGAAUCCUCAGUCGCCGGAGGAAGUGGGAUUCCGGUCUAUGAAACUGCCGGAAUGUUAUCCGAGAUGUUUAAUUUCCCCGGAAGCAGCCGCGGAAGAAGAGAUCUCGACCACGCCGCCCAAUCUUUCCGGUCAAAUAGGCAGUUGCUUGAUGACCAACAUCAGAAUAUUCCGGCCAUGAAUGCUACGGAUUCUGCCACCGCCACAGCUGCCGCCGCCAUGCAGUUGUUUUUGAUGAAUCCACCGCCACCGCAACAACAACCACCGACGUCUCCGUCUUCCACAAGUACCACAAGGAGCCACCACAAUUCUUCAACUCUUCACAUGUUACUUCCACCAACAACAACUGAUCAUCAUCAGAGCUACGAUCAUAAUAAUAUGUCUAUGCAUCAGCUUCCACAUCAUCAUCAUCAUAACCAACAGAUGACGUGGCAGUCUUCUUCUUCCGACCAUCAUCAUCACAACAACCAAACCGAGAUCGGGACCAUCCACGUGGAAAACAGCGGUGGACGAGGCUUGUCCUUAUCUCUCUCAUCGUCUCUAGAGGCUGCUGCAAAAGCUGAAGAGUAUAGAAACCUUUACUACGGAUCCAACUCUUCUAACGCAUCAUCCCAUCAUCAUCAUCAAUACAAUCAAUUCAAGACUCUUCUUGCUAAUUCUUCACAGCAUCACCAAGUAUUAAACCAAUUCCGAUCAUCUCCGACCGCUGCCACGGCUCCUUCCUCUUCCAUCGGAGCCGUCAAUAUCUUAAGACACUCGAGGUUCACAACGGCCGCGCAAGAGUUGUUGGAAGAGCUUUGUAGUGUUGGAAGAGGAUUUUUGAAGAAGAACAAACUUAAGAACAGCUCAAACCCUAAUACUAGCGGUGGAGACGGCGGUGGUGGUGGCAGCUCUCCUUCGUCGGCUGGAGCAAUCAAGGAUCAUCCUCCUUUAUCGGCGUCUGAUCGGAUUGAGCAUCAAAGAAGGAAAGUGAAGCUACUCACCAUGCUUGAAGAGGUGGACCGACGGUACAACCAUUACUGCGAGCAAAUGCAGAUGGUUGUGAACUCUUUCGAUAUAAUAAUGGGCCAAGGUGCAGCGUUACCAUACACGGCAUUGGCUCAAAAAGCUAUGUCGAGGCAUUUUCGAUGUCUUAAAGAUGCGGUCGCAGCUCAGCUUAAGCAGAGUUGUGAACUUCUUGGGGACAAAGAUGGAGCGGGAAUGUCUUCUUCCGGAUUAACUAAAGGCGAAACUCCGCGGUUGCGUUUACUAGAACAGAGUUUACGUCAGCAACGUGCGUUUCACCAAAUGGGUAUGAUGGAACAAGAAGCGUGGCGGCCACAACGCGGUUUGCCUGAACGCUCCGUUAAUAUCCUUAGAGCUUGGCUCUUCGAGCAUUUCCUUCACCCGUAUCCAAGCGAUGCAGAUAAACACCUCUUGGCUCGACAGACUGGUUUAUCCAGAAAUCAGGUGUCAAAUUGGUUCAUUAAUGCUAGGGUUCGUUUAUGGAAACCAAUGGUGGAAGAAAUGUAUCAACAAGAAUCAAAAGAAAGAGAAAGAGAAGAGGAAUUAGAAGUUAACGAAGAAGAUCAAGAAACAAAAAACAGCAACAACGACAAGAGCACGAAAUCCAACAACAAUGAAAGCAACUUCACUGCCUCUCGGACCACUUCACAAACUCCAAUAAUAACCGCACCAGACGUAUCAGACGCAGACGCAGACGCGGCAGUAGCAGUAGCGACAGGCCACCGUCUAAGAUCCGACAUUAAUGCUUACGAAAACGACCCUUCAUCGCUUCUACUCCCUUCCUCUUAUUCCAACGCCGCCGCUUCGUCUGCCGACUUGGGUUCUCGUUACGGUGGUUCGGCCGCGUUUUCCGCGGUUGCCACGUGUCAACAAGGUGUUGGCGGGUUCGAUGAUGAUGCUGACAUGGGUGGUGUUAACGUCAUAAGGUUUGGGACAAACCCUACCGGUGACGUGUCACUCACGCUUGGUUUACGCCACGCUGGAAACAUGCCUGAUAAAGACCCUUCUUUUUGCGUUAGAGAGUUUGGGGGUUUCUAG